AUGGCUAGAAGGAUUAUGGGUUUUUCUCCUAAUAGAGGGCAGGGUCCACAGUACCCACCUAUGGUUAGACAAAGGUCUUUCUACAACCUCAGAUUUGAGGAUGUUCAGAGACCGUUGUUGGGAAACACAGGGAAUGAAAGUGCAUAUCUUGUGCAAGACCCUUCAUGUGAUCAUCAUUCAUUUACCAAAACCAGUGGCAUUGGUGAGGCUUGGAGGGGAAUUGUUGACCAUGAACACAUGAACAGGUCGGUAGAAACCCUCUUGAAUGAACCUACUUUAGGGGAAUCAACUUUAGAACAUGUCCUAGCUAAUGCAGGUGUGAUCAAUGUAGCUGAUCAGAAUGCCAACGUUCACACUCUGCCACCAAUGGUGAUUGAUUCAAUACAUCAACAACAUUGGUUGCAAAUUCCUUCUGUUAGCACCCACCAACCUCAUCAUCAUCAUCAUGAUCAGUCACAGAUAAUUGGAAACUCUCAAGAUUUCAGUGUUUCUAAUAACUCAUUCUACGAUAGCCAACUUAGUUAUUCAGAAAACUCAGCGGGGAUUCCAAUGUCUCCUUCCUAUUCAGAUUCUUCUAAGACCUCUCUUUUUACGAAGAGAAAGCACUCAAAUGAUGAGAUGCUGGAAAAGGCUGUAGAGAGAAGACAAAAGAGGAUGGCUAAGAACAGGGAAUCUGCAGCAAGAUCUAGGGCAAAGAAGCAGGAACACAUACAUAGAUUAGAGAACGAGAAGUGUCGCCUUCAGAAAGUGAAUUGCUGGCUCAAAAAGCUGAAGUCAAAAAUGGUGCUAGAUGCUUCAGCCGGAGGAAGUAUUAAUAGGAAGACGGAAGAUGAAGCCUAUAAUUUGAUAAAACUUAUGGCUGACAAUGAAGAAGCACAUGACACGCAUGGUGAUGUUAUUCAGGAGCUUUCAAUGAUUCAAAACAACGUGAUUACACAACAGUUGGAGGAAGUGACAAAAAGACUUGCUGAGUUAUACGGACAUGUAUAG